UGCCGUUUCGUGGGGAUAAGAAGAAGGGUUCUUCCGAAAAUUGCGAAGGAAAAACAAGGAAACGAUUUGAUAAUGAGGAAGCCUACUGGGGACAAUCGGAUGGUUUGAGUCUUACUUGCAGGCUUUCAAGAAGUCGUGACGCAGUUUUGACGAGUGUCAUAAUCGAGAGAUAAUUAAAAAGUUUGAUUUAUUAUUUGUAGUUUUAUUUCCAGUUUUAUUUACAAAUAGUUGUUUUUGUUAAUUGUGUCGUUGGGUUUAUCGGGGGAACGAAAGAUUGGCUGAGCCAGAAGUCAUUUAAGAAGAAGAAGAAUAAGAAGAAGAAUUUUUCAUAGAAUGGCGACAAAACGGUUGGACAUAGUUAUACUUGGAGCAACGGGUUUCACUGGUCAAUUUGCAGUUAGAGAAGCUGCUCGCUUAUCACGUUCAUACAAUUUCACGUGGGGAAUUGCUGGACGCAGGCAGGAUGCAUUGGAAGCUGUUCUUAAGAAAUAUGCUCCAAAUUCUGUAAACAUUCCAAUAAUGAUAGCGGAUUUAAGAGAUCAAGAAUCUUUAAAAAACAUGGCCAUUAGCACUAAAGUAAUUGCAAAUUGUUGUGGACCUUAUAGAUUUUAUGGUGAGGUAGUUAUUAAAGCUUGCUUGGCUGCCAAAACUCACCACGUUGAUGUUAGUGGGGAGCCUCAGUUCAUGGAGAGAAUGCAGUUAGAAUACAAUAAAGCUGCACAAGAAGCUGGUAUCUACAUUAUAAGUGCAUGUGGAUUUGAUAGUAUUCCCUGUGAUCUCGGUAUUGUUUGUACUCAAAAGAAUUUUGAAGGUGAAAUAAAUACUAUAGAGACUUAUUUAAAUAGUUGGAAUACUUCUAACGCUAAUGGAGCUUCUCUUCAUUAUGGUACAUGGGAAUCUGCUAUUUAUGGUAUGGCACAUUCCAACGAAUUGCGUCAAAUUCGUACAAAACUUCUUCAUAAAAAUUUGCCAACAUUGGAACCUAGACUCUCCGAUAGAGGCAUAAUACAUAAAAGCGAAAUUUCUAAUGGUUGGUCUGUAAUUUUUCCUGGCACUGAUCGUUCGAUUGCGAAACGCACACAACGUUUUAUGUAUGAAAAAUAUAAACAAAGACCAAUGCAGAUCCAAACAUACAUUACAUUUCCGUCAUUGUUUCAUGUGGUAUUAAUAGCCGCUUUUUAUGGAAUAUUUUUGAUUUUGUUGAAAUCAGAAUUUGGAAGAAAUUUAUUACUAAAGUAUCCAGAAAUCUUUUCCGGAGGUUGUGCUAGUCACGAAGGACCAUCUGAAGAACGAAUGGAAGAUACACACUUCUCGAUAACUUUUAAAGCCACAGGAUGGAAGGAAAAAUUAACUGAAUUAUCUGACAAACAUGUCGAUGCCCCUAACAAAGAAUUAAUUACAAAAGUGACUGGCAAAAAUGCUGGUUAUGGACUUACAUGCACAUGUUUACUUCUAGCAGGACUAACAAUUUUACGGGAAUCUGAUAAAAUGCCUGAUGCCGGAGGAGUUUUAACUUCAGGUGCUGCAUUUCUAAAUACUUCUUUAAUGGAGGAACUAAAGAAAAAUGGAAUGACAUUUGAAAUUAUAUCGUCAUCGGAAAAGUGAAGAAGAAAAAAAGUGAAAAAAGUGAAAGAGUGAAAAGGAAAAGUGAAGAGUUAUUAGUUUCUUAGAAAAGCACAAAUAUUUUUAUAAUUUUUAUACAAAUAAGUAAGGAAUAUAUUAUAAUAUAAAAUCUUUAUAACAUUAUUUAUACGGGCAUUGAGAUUAUUCUUUUAUGUCAUCAAAAGGGUUUUCAUUGUAACCAAAAAACAGCUAAUCUGUAUCAAUAAAAUGAGACUCUUGUCUGUA